CGUCAAGACAUAGCAUGAUAGUACCAGGAAGAAAAUGGGUGAGAAGCACGAACUGCGUCUUAAAAGCCCAGUGGGUGCGGAGCCCGCUGUGUAUCCCUGGCCGUUACCAGUCUAUGACAAACACCAUGAUGCUGCUCAUGAAAUUAUUGAAACCAUCCGAUGGGUGUGUGAGGAGGUCCCUGAUCUUAAACUUGCUAUGGAAAACUAUGUGCUAGUGGACUAUGAUACCAAAUGCUUCGAGAGUAUGCAGAAGCUAUGUGAGAAGUACAACCGGGCCAUGGAUAGCAUUCAACAAUUGUGGAAAGGGACGACACAGCCCAUGAAACUGAACACCCGGCCUUGCAAUGGCCUGCUGCGACAUAUCUUGCAACAGGUCUACAACCACUCCGUGACCGAUCCAGAGAAACUGAACAAUUAUGAACCCUUUUCCCCUGAGGUUUAUGGAGAAACAUCCUUUGAUUUAGUUGCUCAAAUGAUUGAUGAGAUCAAGAUGACUGAAGAUGACACUUUUGUUGAUUUAGGAAGUGGAGUGGGUCAAGUAGUGUUGCAAGUUGCUGCAGCUACACAAUGCAAGCAUUAUUAUGGUGUAGAAAAGGCAGAGAUACCGGCAAAAUAUGCGGAGACAAUGGAUACAGAGUUCAGAAAAUGGAUGCGAUGGUAUGGGAAAAAAUAUGGAGAGUACACACUGGAAAGAGGUGACUUCUUAUCUGAAGAAUGGAAAGAAAAAAUUGCAAGUACAAGUGUUGUGUUUGUAAAUAAUUUUGCCUUUGGUCCUGAGGUGGAUCACCAGCUGAAGGAGCGAUUUGCAAAUAUGAAGGAAGGUGGCAAAAUUGUCUCUUCCAAACCCUUUGCACCAUUAAAUUUCAGAAUAAACAGCCGGAACUUGAGUGAUAUUGGCACUAUCAUGAGAGUUGUGGAGUUAUCACCACUGCGAGGCUCAGUUUCAUGGACUGGUAAACCAGUCUCCUACUACCUGCAUACAAUUGAUCGGACCAUACUUGAAAACUACUUUUCUAGUCUCAAAAAUCCAAAACUCAGGGAGGAACAAGAGGCAGCUAGACGUAGACAACAAAAGGAAAAUAAAGAAAAUAAAAGUAGUACAGCAACUCCAACCAAGGAUUCUAGUCCUGAAGAAGAUAAAAUUGGGGUAACUGGGAUCAAAAAAGCAUCUUCACCUGCUAAACCACGCAAGACGAAGAUAAUUAGUAAAAGCAAGAGAAUUGCAGUCAGAAAAAGAGGCCGCCCCAAAAAAAUGAGCACUGCAAGGAAUACCAAGACAAACCAAUCUGCACUGGAUCUUUUACAUGCGCAGACUCUGUCGGCAUCCUCACCUCAGGGUAAGAUAAACAUCAGGUGCAAUUUAUUUUACUUAGUAUGGGUAGGCAAAUUAAAUCCCGACCUGCUGAGUUUGUGCUUUUUGUUUUUAUAUUAAUAAAAAACAUUGUGUGUUGUUUUA